CAAUUUUGGUCCUAUCAAAUGCAUAUUACAUGCAAACAGCCUUUAUUGGAUAAGAACCAGCAUGGUUAUUAACAAACGUAAGAUAUUUUGAUCAUCUUCUGGGAUCUUAACAGUUGUAGCAAUUGUGCUGAAUGAUACUAAGUCCAGCUUGACAUGAGGGGGAAAAAUGACCAGCUUUCAUCCCCGGGGGGUGAGGGUGGGGGGAAGACUAGCUUAGAAUUUAGGUCUUGUGAGGUGGAAAUAGCACGUUUGUCCCCAACCCUGCAGUUCUUUAGGGCCUCAUCAGUACGUUUCUUUUCCUCAGAGGGACUGUUGGUGGGUACCAAAGGCUCUGAUCGUGGGCCCUUCACUAGUAUCCUCACAGGGCAGAACCAACCCCACCGCAGGAGCAGCCGCGCGCGGCCCUGGAUCAGCGCGCUGUGCCCAGACCCGCGCUCGCCGCCGCCGCCGGGCUCCACCGCCGGGCGCUCCGCCUCCUGCAGGCCGCCGGUGGCCAUGGCUGCCAGGCAGAUCCGGGCGCUGACCCGUGCGGGCCUCUGGAGGCAACCUUCAGCCGUCCGGCCACCAAAACCUCUCUGGGACCGAAAAGGGUUCCGACAGCAGCUCAACUUAACCCUCUGCUCCACUUCCGACAGAGACUGCGGCCGCUCCGCGCUGGGCUCGCAGGGUAGGCCGAAGAGAACAGCGACGCGUCCGGGGAACAAAGAGUUAAGCCCGGCGGAGCGGCGGAUUGCCGAGCUGCACGCGGCCGCCUGCGCGGCUGGCCAACUGAAUUAUGUGGAUCCAGCUACUGGUUACGUGGUGCUCACAGAGCUCGCCCACUUGCAGAGAGGUGAAUGUUGUGGCUCUGCCUGCAGACACUGUCCAUAUGGCCAAGUCAAUGUUAAAGAUCCAUCUAAAAAGAAGCAAUUCAAUUCAUAUUUUUAUGUUUGACUACAAUUUCAUCUCUCUUUUCUGUAACUGAACUGUGUCAAAAAAAUAAAAAGCCAAAUUCAGAAUUGCUUUCUGUGCU